UUAACCCAACUGUAUAAAACGCUCGAGGACACAAAAGGGGUUAUUUUUACCUGAUUCCUCAACUACGAAGAACGCACUUUAACCUCCCAGGACGCAUCGCCAGACUAUCUCUCGCCAUGUCCAUUGUAGCCAGUCGCAGUAGUAGCCUUAGAUACAGCUCAGGUAGCGGUGUCGUUUCGAGUGGCCUCAGUUUGUCCGGUGGGAUGCCGUUUUCCAGCGGUUUGGGAUACGGUAGGUCCGGUAUGAGCGUGUCCUCUGUUGGGAGCAGUCGCUCGCCGAGUGUAUAUGGAGGUGCCGGGGGAUACGGCACCCGUAUCUCUCAAUCUUCUUUCUCUACGGACGGGCCAGGUCAGAUCACUAUCGGUGCCAACGAGAAGCAUACCAUGCAGAAUCUGAACGAUCGUUUGGCCCGCUACCUGGAAAAGGUGCGCUCUCUAGAGGCAGCCAAUAGCAAGUUGGAGUUGCAGAUCAAAGAGUUCUACGAGAUGAGAUCACCGACUCACAAGAAGGACCUCAGUGGGUUCUAUGCCACCAUCACAGACAUCCGCAACAAGAUCCAUGCCAGGUCUGUGGAGAACUCUCAGAUGAUCCUGCGGGUGGAUAAUGCCAGAGUUGCAGCUGAUGACUUCAAGAUGAAGUUCGAGAUGGAGGUUAACAUGCGUAUGAUCUUGGAAGGGGAUGUUGCUCGUCUGAGAGGAGUGCUGGACAGCUUUACGCUCGCCAGAGGAGACCUGGACAUGCAGAUUGAGGGGCUGAAGGAGGAGCUGGUCUACCUCAGGAAGAACCAUGAGGAGGAGAUGCAUUUGAUACGGACACAGCAGUGUGGUGCUGUGAAUGUGGAGAUGGACUGUGCUUCCUCAGUGGACAUGAGCAAAGUGCUGGAGGAGAUGAGGACCCAGUAUGAGGGCAUGGUGACGAAGAACCAGAGAGAUGCUGCCAAGUGGUUCGAGAGCAAGGUGGAGGUGCUUCAGAGCCAGAUCACCACCAGCACCACAGAGGUGAAGACCUCUCAGUCUCAGGUGACCGACCUGAAGAGGACCUUCCAGAGCCUGGAGAUUGAACUGCAUGGCCUGCUCACUCAGAAGGGGUACCUGGAGCAGAGCGUCGCUGAUAUAAACGGCCGCCACGGCUCCCAGCUGAGCCAGCUGCAGGUUUGUAUCAACAGCAUGGAGGAGGAGCUGCAGCAGCUCAACGUCAGCAUCCAGCAGCAGGCCUCCGAGUACCAGAUCCUCCUGGACAUCAAGAUGAGGCUGGAGAUGGAGAUCGCUGAGUACAGGAGGCUGCUGGAUGGAGAGGGAUUCACUAAGCAUGUGGAGACCAGACAGGAGGUCAGGAAAGUGAUUGUGGUCGAGAAGGUCCAGGAAGUACAACAAGUCCAGGAAGUGGUUGAAGAGUAUAACCCCCACAUGCAGAAGCGGGUGAGGGUGAUCGUGGAAGAGAUAGUGGAUGGGAAGGUGGUGUCCACCUCAGUUGAUGAGAAGGUCCAGGAUUUGAACUAACUGAGAAGGUCAGAUAGUUCUGGAAUCUGGUGAAGCGGUAACGGACCACACAUACCCCUGGACCACACAUAUCCCUGGUGACGGGUGUUCAAUCCCAUCUAUAUAUAAAUAUAAAUAAUGUCAUGGUUGCAUACUGUAAUAUUUCCCUUCUGACAGGAUUGCAUCAGCUGAAUGAUAACUGAUGUAAUUGACUUGUGUUACCUUAUAACUCUUAUAUGUCUCUAUCAUGUGGCAAAUUGAAUAUUAUUUCUUGUGUGCUUUUGUUCCAUUUGUGGCCACCAGGUGACAUCUCUCAUUUUAACAUCUUUGGCCAGUGCAAUUAAAAGUGAAAACAGAUUAUUCCAGUUACAUAAGUGACAUCAGGGAAAAUAUGACUCACGUCAUCAGCCAUUAUAAAGCUAUUUUAGCUCCAUUAUAUCCUCCCAGGACCACAAGCCGUGUAUGUUCUCUGGACUCUAUGACAAGGUUAAAGUUCAUGUUCUGUAGGCCUACGACACUGACACCACAUGUUACAUUUGGCUGUUGAUUAAAUAUAGAUGUCAAUGCAUUUCAGGGCGCUGAUAUCAUAAUUGAGGGUGCGUUGUUGUCCUCUAAAAAGCUGAGAAGAAACACCUUUACAGCAGUAGCGGCCGGUGCCGUUUAAGAUGAGGGAGGACGACAAUUGUUUUUAUAAGCUUGGCCUUAUUUCUAUUGCACCAUAUUGGAUGACUGUCAUUCAUAUUCCAUUCACCCAGUUCAAUGUAACAAUGACAGGUUUAGGCUUCCUCAUGAUUCUCACAUUUUCCCUAUAAACGUCAUGAGGUAGCUACAAGAUUGUCUAUGAAUGAAAGUUUACAACGUAGGUGCACGAGAGAAAACAUUUGAGGGUACAGAUAGUGACACAUUUAACUUGCACACUCUUGCCUGCAUCAAGCGUUUCUACUGGCCAAAUUCAGGUAUGUUUAUCCCCGUUAUGUUCGCUUCUGCUUAAGAAAGGUUUUUCAACAGUAUCGGCAGAAUGAUUCCCGAGUGGCGCAGCGGUCUAAGGAACAGCAUCACAAUGCUAGCUGUGCCACUAGAGAUUCCUUACCUGAUGGGUUUGAGUCCAGGUUCUGUCGCAGCCGGCUACGAACUUAAGACCCAUGUGGCGGCGUACAAUUGGCCAAGCGUCAUCCGGGUUAGGGGAGGGUUUGGCCGGCAGGGAUGUCCUUAUCCCAUCGCGCACUAGCGACUCCUGUGGCGGGCUGGGCGUAGUGCACGCUGACACAGUCGCCAGGUGUACAGUGUUUCCUCUGACACAUUGGUGUGGCUGGCUUCUGGGUUAAGUGGGCAUUGUGUCAAGCAACAGUGCUGUUUUGUUGGGUUGUGUUUCGGAGGACUCUCGACAUUUGUCUCUCUUGAGUCCGUACGGCAGUUGCAGCAAUGAGACAAGACUGUAUGUAACAAUUGGAUAUCAUGAAAUUGGGGCGAAAACAGGGUAAAAAAAAUGUUGUAAUAAAAAGAAAUUGGUGGAAUGAA